GUGUGCUUGAGACCUGAAAGUGUUUAUACAUGUGUGGGAACAGAAACAGGGAGCGAGACAGAGCACGCGCGUGUGUGUUUGUCUGUGCAUGUCAGUCGCACACUAACUCCUGAAAUUAACAACUCAGCAAAAAAUGAAGAGGAAGCUGCUGGCAGACACUUUAUUAUGAAUCUUUGUGUGGUGGAUUUAAAAGCUUCUGGAGUAUGAAAUCACUGGACUGAAGAAGAGGACAAAGUCUGGAGAUCAUGGGAGGUGUGAGUACUGUGUUAGCACAGACUAACCAUUCACAGCACAGUAACUUCACCCAGGUCUUCAAUUCUUCUAGACCAGAGUACAGUGAUGCAGAACUCGUGCUGCUUGGUGUUGCUAUGGCCAUUCUGGUCCUGGCUAUAGUUUUCGGAAACGUGUUGGUGAUUACCGCCAUCCUGCGGUUUAAGCGGCUCCAGACUGUCACCAAUCUUUUCAUUGCCUCACUGGCUGUUGCUGACCUCAUCAUGGGUGUGGUUGUGGUCCCCUUUGGCUCUAUCUCCAUCCUGCGGGGAGUCUGGCAGUUCGGAAAUUUCAUGUGUGAUUUCUGGACAGCGACCGAUGUGCUGUGCGUGACUGCCAGCAUCGAAACGCUUUGUGUGAUCGCACUGGACCGCUACCUUGCCAUCACCUCGCCGCUCCGCUACCCAACGCUGCUCACCAGGGGUCGAGCUGUUGCAGUGGUGCUCGCAGUUUGGGUGGUGGCCUCCCUCAUCUCCUUCCUACCCAUACAUCUGAAGAUGUCAGUGUCACAUGAUGACAUAGCUCUCUUAUGUUUGAAAGAUGAAAACUGCUGUGAGUUCAACACGAACACGGCAUAUGCAGUGACUUCUUCAAUUGUAUCAUUCUACCUGCCACUGGUGGUGAUGAUUUUCCUGUACACCCGCGUGUUCCAGGAGGCUCAGAAACAGCUGGAGAAGAUCCGAGGAAGGGAAAGACAUAUGUAUAACUUGCAUUGCGCUUCACAGUUUGCUUAUCCUGAUGAUAGCCCUGCAUUAAAUCAAAGCAGGACAGGAACUGAGGUGGGAGAAGAAGCAGGAGACGAUAGUCUAAAUAUGCAGAACCCAAGUAUGGACACUGGUAAAGAAGAAAAGGGGAAAGAGAGCAGAUUGAGAACAGACAAAGGGGACGGAAAACAUUCCGCCACAAAGCGUCUUAGGUUUUCUCUUAAAGAGCAUAAAGCUGUAAAAACUCUGGGUAUCAUCAUGGGAACUUUCACACUGUGUUGGCUACCAUUCUUCAUCCUCAACAUCCUCAGAAACAUACUCAGCGUGAAAAACAUUGAGGUACCCUUUAGACUCCUCAAUUGGCUUGGAUAUUCCAACUCAGCCUUCAAUCCUCUCAUCUACUGUCGCAGCCCUGAUUUCAGGCACGCCUUCCAGGAGAUACUCCAUUUGAGGAGUAAGGGAAGACAGUGGAGCAUAAGGAGACUAUUGGGACUAUGCAGCGAGAACAGCGGUUAUCCCCCACAAAGGCUGAAUGGGAACUCAGCUCUUACUGAUGUUACAGAGCUUGACAUUCGGCAUUCUAGAUGGAAGGGCAGUGUGGAGAGUUCAAUUCAAGGCAGCUCACUGAAUCUGGCUCCUCCAUCUUCUUGCUCUGAGCAAGUUUUAGAUGUAGCUCCAGGAUCCUUGACCAACGGGCAGGCAAACCGUUCUGCCACCUGGAGCUCUAAGGACAGUCUGAGUUCAAUAGCUUGACCAAUUAGAGCAUUAGGAUUCCCAUUGUGUGUGCAGUAAGCACCGAUUUGUUGAAGUUAAUAAUGUUUGUGUUUGAGAGUUGAGUAACUCAACCUUUUGGUCUUUUACAAGGCCACGUUGUCAACGUUUUUAUUUAUGAUCCAGGGUCCGAUUUUUCCUCAUAAUGGCGUGAAUCAAGAAGGCAGCUAGCUACAUGGGCAAACUAUAUUCAGCAGUGUCUCCUUUCAAACAGGUAUGAAGUUUGUCUCGAUCAUGAAGGCAUCAUGCUGUAGCUUAUUUAACGAAAAAGGGCAGUUUUUUGGUUCACGAGCUUUAAACACAGGAAAAGUUUGCAAAGCAGCGCCUUGAAAAAAAACUCACAAAGUGACAUCAAACAUUAUCAACUUCCUGAAAUUGGAAUUACUACAGGGAUGAUAUUGGUACCAAAUAAAACAUGUUUUAAGAGUACUAAAAUAUCAUGCAUGCUACUUCAUUCCAAAAUGCUCCUCAACUAAAGUCAUGAGAUUACCUGUUGCUUAAAAACAGAAGAGGAGUGAGCCGUCGGCGAGGUUGCUGCUUCAAAUCACUGCACAUUGUCAAAAAGAUCAUUGUCCUCAUAAUAAGAGUGCAGCACAGCAGCAUUAGAAUGUACUGGAGAGCACUGAAUGCUCUGUAGGUGCAGUAACAUUUGAGAAUGUUGAGCAGAAAGAGGACAGAGUCAGAACAUUAAAGACUUUCAACUACUGUUGAUCAUUAACAGCCCCUGAGUUAUCAGGUGGGAUGAAUAAGAUUCGCAUCAGUAGAUGUACUUCUACACCUCCCAAAGCUAAUAUUUAUUUUAGAAUCAAUGUCAAAAUCCUACAUUGCCUUGUUAUCUCAUUCACAAGAUUUCCUGAAAACUUCUGACCUUGAGGUCAAGGUCUCUGAGAUUCUGACUCGUUCGAGAUUUUUAUCAAUUUGAAUAUCCUGCGUCGCCUCGUUCUCAAGUUAUCUCCAUCACAAACUUGAGUGUCUACCUUGCCCGCCCACUUGCCAGGGUUACGAUAAUACUCAAUCAGGUUUAUACAGCUGAAGGGUAAAAAUGAAUUUUAGAAUAAGUAAAAGUGUUUUGACAGAACAUAAUGUGUUCUUGCAAAAUACCAUCAAAAUACCAGAUGAGGACUACCUGUCUUGAAAAGCUGCCACAGUAAUGGAGCCUUUUAAGUCAAAAACGGUGGUUUCUUACAUUGUUCCACAAAGGAUUAAAUGUGAAAUUUAAAUAAUAUUUGCAGUUAAAAUAAACCUUUUUUUUCUCAGAAACCAAAGUUUAUGUACAAUAUCAAGAUAAACUCUCCAUGAACCAGAACCCAACAGGACUGAGAUAAAAAACUACAUGUUUGCCCAGUGGCCCAAGGUUUUAUUUGAAACAGGGAGUAUAUUUUAAGGCUCGCAGUUUGCCUGUUUUCUUCAUUCCUUCUAACAAAACUCACAACUGGUCUGUAGUUAUUUGGUGGUGUAUAACUGUGUAUCAGAUAAACAUGUGAGACCCAAACUUGUGACUGUCAUGAGUGUCCUCCCCAUGUGUUGGCUUCCUUUCAUCACGUAUUCCCUUAAACUAUAUCCCCCACUUUGUCCCUCCACCAACAACACCAUGAACCCACGCUUUCCUUUUAUCCUGUCUGCUUUUGCUCUGUUAUAAGUACGAACGGUGCACUCUGUCACAAGAGCUGGGAGAUCUUUUUUUAUGUAGUUGGAUCUGGUUCAAUAACAUUGUCUGUUACACUCCCUGUAAAAACAUACCAAUCAGGUUACACAUAUUUUAAGUGCUUACUUUAUACAUCGCUCUCAGCAGAAGCUUUGCAGAAACAAAAAAAUUGUUUGGAUUAGUCUUUCUUUCGCCAUUUCCUAAAUUCAAAGUGAUGAUAAUAAAUUUGUCCAAAUACGAAGCAGAGCAAGUCAGACUGAAAAGGAUCUCUCUUGUUCAUCUUUUAUGUGCACAAAUAAUUAUUUGAUAUGUGAUUUUUUUAAAAAUACUCUUGAACAAUGUCAGUUACUGUAAAUAUCACCUACAUGUAUCUGUCUCAGUGUACAGUAUGUUUACAGUAUGUGAAAAUGAGUAUUUUUUGCAAUGUAAAGCUCGAAACAUCCACAGAAUCUUCUUAAUGUACUGUUGAAAUUUGGAUUACCUUUCAGGUGGGUGUUGUUUUUUGCAUUGGGGUUCAAGUUCAUUAAGUUAUGGGAAAUAAAACAGGUAGAAUAA